AUGGAUGUUUUUCUUGAAGAACAAAGGCUUAAAAAGCUAAGAGAGGAUUCAGUUAUCGGAAAGGGACUCCAGAAAGACCUUGAAUGUAGAAAUAGCGACGAAAGACAGCUUGAUUUCGGGAUUUAUUCUUUAAAUAAUUCGAUUGACCAAAUAUUAUCAAUCUUUGAAGAAAAUCCUGAAGACGAAAAUGCAUUAUUUGAAAAUUUUGUCAUCUUUUAUGUUGAACUUACAGGUUUCAUUGGAUAUAUCGAAAUUUUUAUCUCCAAAUAUCAAUACAUUCCAGCUACAACAUUCAGAAACUCGAAUAUUCAUGACAAAUUUUUAAAUUUGCUUCAUUAUAACCUUCCAAUUUCAAUUAUUAAUCAAAUUUUAUUCAUAUUUUCGCAGUAUUAUUUCAGGAACGAACAUUUAAUAAGAAUUAUUAUGUCUACAAACUAUUCCGAGUAUGUGUUUCAGUCAAUUUUCAAUAAUACAGCAAAUUAUUCUACAUAUAGGUACAUUGUUUCUUCAAUUGAUCGAUUAGCAGCAAACAACUAUGACAUGUACAAAUACAUUGUUGACAAUGACCUGGUAUCAAAAAUUUUUGAAUGGAAAGGAAUUCUUGAAAAUGCUUUGAAAAAUCAAACUGAAGAACCUCAUGAGCCUGAAGAAAAUCAAAAUGCAUACGAGACGCGUGCUCAGCCACUUAUUGAUGAAAAUGAUAUAAUUUGGUUCAAUAUUUCAUUUACAAACAUUAUUUCAGCAUUAUUUAGGAUUACAGAAGCAAUAAGUUAUGCAUCAGACUUGAUUCCGAAGCUUAGAGACUUCUUGACCAUUCCAAAUCCGAUAAUUAUUUGUAAUAUCUUCAGAGCAAUAAGAUAUAGCAUCAAAAUAUCACCGGCGCAACGUGAUCAUUUUUAUACUUAUAAUUAUGAUCGAGAUAUCAUCGAUUUUAUCAAAAAUCCAAAAGAUUUUUCAAAUUUCGAUGUUGACAUCGAAGCUUUCAUGGCUCUUUGCUUCUUAUGCCAGAAUGACGAUGCUGCAUGUGAAAGAUACCUCACAGUUGACUUCUUUACAAGUCUUGUUAGAUUAACCAAUAACAAUCCAAGAGAUUUAGAUCCGUUCCUAUUUAAUCUUUCAAUGUUGGUCAUCGAAAACGAUUCUGUUAUUUCAAAUUUCGUUUUUUCGCAACUUUUUGAGUCAGUUUGCAAUUUGUUCCAAUCCGAAGCUUUUGUUGUUCGUAUCGAUUCACUAAUGGUACUAACAGCCAUCCUGAAGAAAUCACAAGACUUUGACAUCUUAAAUACGAUUCUUCAUACAAAUAUUUUGGAUUGCUUCGAAAUUAUGGAAUCUGUUGAUGAUAAAAGCUCUAUAAUAUAUUUCCAAGAAGCAAUUGAGAACGUUUUGAACUAUUCUUUGAGAAAUAAUAAAGAUGAUUGGAUAGAAAUGAUAAAAGAGAGAGAAUUCAUUUAUCCUCUUGUUCAGGAACAAUUAGAAAAUGAAGAUCCUGAAAUUCAAUGGCAUGCAGAAAAUUUGAUAAACUUAUUUGAAGAAAUAGGAGUUACUGACUAA